AUGCAAGGUGACGAAGAUAACAAUAUCAACACUCCACGGCAUCAUCAGCCCUCGCCAGGUCUUGAGAUAUUGAACGUCGGCAUCCGCACGAAAGAGUGGGGCUUCAACCCACGAGCUGGAGCUGGUCGGCCGGUGAUUACACACUGGGCAGCUUUAUGA